UCGGUGAUUUGUAUUUUUUUUUUCCGAAAUUUUCUUGCGGGGUUCAACUGAACCCAAGUUUGGAGAGAUUUCGGAACUCUCUGUGUUGUUUAAGUGAGCGAAACUCUUUUGGUGAUAUAUACCGAAAGAUACAAUCUUUAGUUCAAUUUAAUUUGUUCCACUAGCGGAGAACACUAUCAUGUAAAGUCAUGUUCUGGUGAAACGCUAACUCGUUUGCCCCAAAUAAUAAUGCUUUUAGUUUAGAACUGGCGUGUAUUUGGCCAACUAGUGGCAGGUAUUGUCCAUCUCAUAACUUUUGGGUUUAUUUCUAGGAAUUUAGGUAGUCUACUUCCUUAGGUGUCUCAUAUGAUCUGUUUUGUUGUGGUUUCACUCUGCUACUCACCCACAUGGUAUUCUGCGACUUUUGAAGAAAGAUUUUAGAAAUGGUAUGCUAUAUCAUGUGGCUUAUUCACAGUGGCGGGCAAGUGUAGAUGUGUUUGGGUUGUCUCACCCUGUGCCUGCAGGAUUCGCGCCAAGAAACAAAUUUCCUGGCUUCAACCAAGGUACUAUAUGCAACUUCCUCAUUAAGGUGCUACUAAGUUUGGUGCAUGAUCAUGACUUCUGAAGAUGGAGACAUCUUGGCUCUUCUGUCAGAACCAAGUCUAACAGAAGAGAAACUUGAGGCUUCUGAAUCUGAUAAUAUUUUGCCUGCUAUUCUGGAAGCCAUUAAAUCAAAUGAGAAGGCAGUUGAACUUUCGCCCGAGGAGGCUGCCUGGGCUGAUUCAUGUUUCCUGCAGACUUCUGAACUGUCAGAUGAUGACUGGGGAUUAAUGAGGAAUGUCUUGCUUGAUGCCCUUGAUAAGCCCAUGGAAAGUCCCUAUGAUACUUCUGAAGCUGUGCAUGACCAUGCAAUCUCGGAGGCAUCUCUCCAUGCUGAAAAUGUUUUUCAUCAUGACGAUGUGCACAUGGAGCAAAGGGACAAUAGCGACGAUGACAAGGAUAGUACUCAAGCUUGUGAAUUUGCUGAUGUGAUUAGAGGUGCAGAUGAACAUGGUAAGAAAAUGGAUAGUUAUGCAGCAAAACCUGAGGCCAGUGAUGAGUUGGCUUCACCUGAAGUUCUUGAGCAGACAGAUUCGAGAGAUUCUAUCUUUAAGGUUUGGGAUCUGGAGCUGUCUUUUUCUGACGAUGAUGGUGAGCUUGAACUCAUAAAGGAUCUGAAUAAACUCCUCGAGGAGAAGGACAGCCCUCCACAGGUUGUACAUCCACCUCCCGAGGAUGCAGCCAAGCAUUUGAGCCAGAUAAACAUCGAUGAACUUGUGGCGGGCUUGAGUGACUUGUCGAUACAGCAAACCAGUGAGUAAUAAUCGUUUCCUUGGACGGAUAGUUAUGUAGUGCACUUUGACCAUCCAACGGUGAUCUAUGUUUUGCCUUUUGUUCUGUAUGAUCCCCAUGUUAGUUGCCUCUAACACUUGAAAUUAGGCAGAGUGAAUAUGGUUGGUAAAGCUCAUGCUUUGUUA